AUGCCUACCAUUGGCUACGGUGAUAUUGCUCCAGUUACUCCUUUCACCAAACUCUUUGCUUGUAUCUUUGUGCUUGUGGGUUUUGGUUUCAUCGACAUUUUGCUUAGUGGGGUCGUCAAUUACGUACUUGACUUGCAGGAGAACUUGAUAUUAACCGGCAGGCAACGACAAUUAGCUAGCCACGUCGACCAGGGGCGUGGCGGAUUUAUGGAUUGCAUAGUCGAUGUAGCCAAGGGGAGAAUGAGAAUCAGAUUGAAAGUGGGUUUGGCUCUGGGUGCUGUGCUUUUGUGCAUCGGAUUGGGGCCACUCGUGUUGUAUUUCCAGGAGAAUUUGGAUUGGAUCGAUUCAGUUUACUUGUCGGUAAUGUCUGUUACAACUGUUGGAUAUGGCGACAAGGCUUUCAAGACUCUACCUGGAAGGUUGUUUGCUUCAAUUUGGCUUUUAUUUUCCACACUUGCGGUGGCACGGGCUUUCUUGUAUUUGGCAGAGGCAAGGAUUGACAAAAGGCACAGGAGAAUUGCCAACUGGGUAUUGCAGCGUGAAAUCACCAUUGAAGAUCUGCUUGCCGAUAACCUUAACAACAAUGGUUUCCUUAGGUCUGGUUUUAAGGCGUUGGUUUUUGAUGAGCCUACAGAAAGAUAUUCCUUUCACCUCUUAAUCAGACUUCUCAUUCUUCUCUGUGUCCCCAAAAAUCAUAUGUUGUAUACUAGUUAUUUUCCUUUAACCUCUUAAUCAGACUUCUCAUGCUUCUCUGUGUCCCCAAAAUCAUAUGUUGUGAACUAGUUAUUUUCCAAUCUGUAACUCUGGAAUGAUUAAAAAAAAAAGGUUCAUAGACACCUCAAAGUCCUCAUUCAAAAGGGUUGGUCUGCGAGAGUUGAAAGAUAUAGGAGAUUUCUACUCCCUCAUGUGUUACUCCAUGAUCCAAAAGUUUCUCUAUUUAGGUGUAAACAUGUAUUGUCUGGCACUAUUCGCCGGUUCUUUUGAAGACUCAGAAAGUGACAGUAGAUAAUAGCUUUUUGCAUGCUUUUGUUCGAGCUCAUAAUCAUAACCUGUCCAAAUCAAAUGAAUCGCCUUUUUCUGUUUGAAUAAUGAAUCUUUUGCGGUUUCAAUGUGUAUAACCUAAGUUGCGCGGACUCUUCACUUUCGAUGUCGCACCCGUGUCGGAAGAAUCCGACACGCACCGGUUGACAUUUUUGAAGAGUCCGAGGAACAUAGUGUAUAACGAUGAAAUCUCUCCUUUUAGGGCUAAUACAGAAGACUGGCUGUCUUAUUUCUCUUCACUGUUGUUUUUCUUAUUAUGUUUAUUAUCCGCCCCUGUUCUUAAGUGUAUAUAUAUGUCUUGGCCCUUGAUUGGGUACACUCAAGUUACCAGGACAAGAAUAGUGAACCUGUAAGAAGUUUAUUAGCUUACAUUCUUAAAUGAGCUUAUCAUUGACAUAGUCCCCAGCCAUAAGUGGAAAAGAAAUGGGAGAGAAAAGAGUUCAAGAAAAGGGAGAAAAAGUGAUAGAGAAGACUCUCUGCCAAAAAACAAUAUCACUAAACAGAAGUCUUGUAAGGUAAAAUAGCAUGCAGAAUCGAUUACUAAAAGAUGUGGCAAGAAAAGCUAAAGUAGAAAUCUAUAAAUACAUAAACUAGCAAAACCCUCAGAGUUCAAAUUUCUCAAAACUGCAAAAUACAAAUACCAAUAUCUGUACAAUGAUAAUAGCACUUGGCAUGAGUUUGAAAGCGAGGAGGAACCUUCUAAAAGCAGAAAGAAGAAUGAGUAGUAUCAUCUAGUAUAGUGGGAAAGGGAGUAGAGUAAAGUAAGGGAAAAUUAGUAGUGGCUUUAGAGCUAUGAUGUAUUUUAGGAAAUUAGUCAUAGCAUAAAAAGAAAAGAUGAUAUUGCAACUGCUAAUGUGAUAAUUUAUUGAU